AUGGGUCAACUCACUCAGCAAUUAGCAUCGAGUUCUCAAGCACAAGGUGCUCUACCUAGUGCAAUUGUGCCCAAUCCUAGAGAGCAUCAUAGUGUGAGUGCUGUGACAACAAGAAAUGAGUUGUUCAAGAUGCUGGAGAUUAACAUUCCUUUGCUGGAGGCACUUGAACAAAUGCCUACUUAUGCCAAGUUCAUGAAGGAUAUCAUUUUGAAGAGGCGUACCACCUACACUAACCCAAUUAUUCUAACCGAAACUUGUAGCACUAUUUUGCAGGGUAUGAAGAUUCCGAUAAAGAAGAAAGACCGAGGAGCUGUCACCAUACCAUGUACUAUUGGAGAUAGGUCAUUCAAUAAAGCUCUUAUUGAUUUGGGAGAUAAUGUGAGUCUCAUGCCGUAUUCCAUUUACAAGAAGCUUGGUAUAGGGGUUGUGCAAGAUACCAGGAUGACACUCCAAUUCGCUGAUCAUUCGGUCAAGAAACCGUAUGGCAUUAUAAAAGAUGUUCUGGUGAAGAUUGAUAAGUUUGUUUUCUCGAUGGAUUUUGUAAUUCUUGAAAUGCCGGAAGAUGAAGAGAUCCCUCUCAUUAUGGGGAGACCCUUUUUGGAAACGGGAAGGUGUUUAAUCAACAUAGAAGAAGGAACCAUGACGUUGAAGGUUUAUGAUGAGGAAUUGAAAAUCAAUGUUCGAAACAUCAUGAAAGACAAAGAUGAUAUUUGUACCAGUCAUACUAUAGAGGUUAUGAAUCAGGUGACGACAUAUGACAGCCCUUUGAAUGCACCACCGUCACCUUUGGAAAGAGUGUUAAGUUUGUCCAAUUCUGACAGUGAUAAAGAAGAGGACAACGAGGACCCCUAA